CUGUCGGGUUCUUUGUUGAACGCUACUGUAACCGUGUCUACUGUUCUUUCCAGGUCAUGAAGUGUGCUCUAGUCAUGUUCCCCGCGAUCUUGUUGGCCUGCGCUCUGGGAGCGAUGGCCGCCAAUGUACCGCCGAUGCAGAUACCACAGCUGCCGCCACUCAAUCUACCGCAAAUGCCACCCAUGCCCAUGGUCCCCGUGUUGCCUCACAAGCAACACGUGAAGCCCGAUCCACAGCAAGUGGCCACGAGCGCCCUGGGCGGCGGUCUCGUGCCCGACUGGGCUAGGCCUACGGCGCUCUUGCAGACCAUCGUGGACCGCAUCCGGGGCACCAGCCGUCCGUGCACGGGCGCCAGCGGCAUCGAUGGGGGCACCUGCUUGACGAAGUACAACUGCGCCAGCAACGGCGGGGUCAUGAUCUCGUCCAGCGACUGCCUCCCUGCCACCGUCUGUUGCAAAGUCCCCGAUGAAGUGAGCAGCGCAGUGUCGUGUGGCGGCUCUAUCGCGAACAACAACACGGCGUUCCGGAACCCUGACUUCCCGGCAGACUUCAGGCGCGGCGGCUUGUGCAGCGCCGAGGUAAUCUUCGGCCGCGAGGUGUGCCAGCUUCGGCUCGACUUCGUGCACUUCUCACUGGCGCCACCCCGUGCCGAGGGAGCGCGGGCUGGUCUCUGCGACGAUGACGUAUUCACCGUGGCCACUGGCCUGGGUAGCACCACGUACCCACCCCUCUGCGGACAGAACGCCGGACAGCACAUGUACGUCGACGUGUCCGAGGCCACCCGCGCUGUUUUGAGCGUCAGCAUCGGCAGCGAGCUGCCGCAGGGUCGCAAGUGGCACAUCCGGGUCUCCACUAUUCACUGUCUCUCUCCGGAGAAGGCACCUGACUCGUGCCUGCAAUACUUUACGGCGCCCAUGGGAGAGUUCAGUAGCUUCAACUUUCAACCCAGCGCCCCCAAGCAGCAGCUGAUCGCCGGUCACAAGUACAGCGUUUGCUUCAAGAGACAGCUGGGUUUCUGCCAGAUCACCUACACUCCAGGUGAGAUCUUCCAAAUGGGCGCCGGCACUGAACCACUGACCGGAGCGAGGGACUGCGAGGACUCGUACCUGUUCGUGCCCAGCGGUUCCAACAGGGCCUUCCUGGAAGACGUCACCUCGGACCGAUUCUGCGGAAGUGGAUUCCCAGGAGGAUCCGUGAGCUCCGACGUGCUGCCGUUCUCUGUGUCCGUGGUCACUUCUAAGCCUCGCGGCACGACCAGCGGCGUGGGCGCCGGCUUCGCCACUCGCUCCUUCGACGGUGGUGUGGCUCUCAGCCACGACGGUCGCCUUGGCGUGCACCAGAAGCCCAUCGUAUCUCACCCUUCGCUGGCCAUGUACCAGCAGCUGCAGCACCAGAUGGAGGCUCACAAGCCCAGCUCUGGCACCCAAAUUGGUUUCGUCAAGGACCACUUCUCAGUCAUCAAACAUGUACCGCACGGCAUGCAGCACUUCCAGAACAAGCCCUUCCUCCAUCCGCACACGUCUCUCAUCACGGUUGUGCAACGUCCCGACCUGGCUUCCGGGCCCGGAGUGCAGGACCCGCCGCAGCAGGCGGAAGCGUUCGAAGCAUCCAACCCUCACGUGGGCGGCUUCCGUCUUCGUUACAUGAUGAACCACUGCAACUGA